UAUUUGUGAUCUAUUAAAAAAUUUUGAAAGAUGAGUGAUAACAAUAUCGACGAAAAUAUUAUUUCAUUAUAUAAUACUCAAAAAUGGGAAGAGAUUGCUGCUUUAUCUUCCACAACUGAUGAUUUUAGAACUUGCAAAUUAUCAUGGGUACUGCCUGACAUAAGUGAUUUGUAUUGGAUAAAUGAAAUUGUACAAAAGUAUAAACUAUCAAGAAUUGCAAGUAUUGGAUGUGGUUGCGGAUUAUUGGAGUGGUUAUUACAAAAAUAUUCAGGUUUAGAUAUUUUGGGCAUAGAAUUGGAUAGUUCCUGGUGGAAUAGCAAGUAUUCUCCCCCACGAUUCUUGAAAAAUAUUAUCUUCGUUGAAAAUAAAUCAAUAAAUUUUCAAGUGCCAAAGAAAUAUGCUAUGUUAUUUUGCUAUUUUAAUAACAGUGCAGCAUUCCAUGAUUAUAUGAAAAAUUACAAAGGCAAUUUAGUUCUAGUUAUUGGACCUGAAGGAAAUAAUUGCAUAACUGAUCCAUUACCAUUUGAUACAAAAUUUGAGAAAUAUAAUUGGAAGUUAAUAAAUGAGAGGAAAUUUAUGUAUUCCAAUAAUUACAUUACUGCAUACAGUAAAUAAUAUAUAUGACAUAUUCUAAAUAACAAAUCUAGAAUAAUAUAUCAUUUUAUGUAAUUGAAAAAUGUUUUUUAAGUAAACCCUAAAUUUAUUCUCUCUC